CGCGAAGUGAACUGACAAGCUAUGACACUUUUACCCGGACAUUAAAUGCCAUUUCUUAAUUCAUAAAAUUGCCGGAUGCCAAAAGAAGUUUGUUCCACUAUACACCAGCUCAAAUGUCAAAACAAUAAUGGCUGGGUCUGGCUGAAUAUUCGGUUAGCUUUUGCACUGCUGUUGUUAAAAUUGUAAUUGUUUUGAAAGUUGCACAGGAACUUGUGUUAUAAACCGUUUUUUAUUUUAUUUUUGAUCUGUUAAUUAUUUUAUAGCUUUGUAGUAAAGUAAUUGUGACAUAAUGUAAAGAAAAAUUGUUUUACUAGACAUCAUUCUCAAUAGCAGCUACUUUUUGAACGUGUUAGUGAUUGCAUAAGAUGCCCGGUUAAUUUAAAUUAUAAAUAUGAUUUAUUUUAAUGUCACUAACAUUAGUCUGGUAUUAAGAACAUGCAUAAAACUAAAUCGUGGUUUUCUUACACACGCGUCAAUAAAACAUAGCUUUAAUAUAAAUUGCCAAAGACUCUUUGGUUAUGUUCCUAUAUGUAGCCGUCGUAUCCACACUUCAAAAACUAACAGACAGAUGCAAAAGGAUGGUGUCACACUUAUCCCGUCACCACAGGAGGUGACACUUAUUCUUCGUAAAAAUGAGUUCAACAAAGAAUUCUCCUCUGGAUCUGUCAAGUCAUAUGAUUCCAAUCAGCUGGCCUCCAAUGAUCCCAUUGAGGAUACGAGAUGUGAAGGGCAGUGCAAGCUAACACCAGGUUUAAUGAUGGGAGUGUUCGACGGUCAUGGUGGUCCUGCUUGUGCUCAAGUUGUGUGCAAAAGACUAUUAGAUUAUAUUUCCGCGGCUAUGCUUCCAGCAGAUACAAUUAACUCAAUCCUGAAGGAGCCACAAAAUGCUUUAAUGGAAAUAUACAAUGAUAAAAUAGAACUUAUAAAUGACCUUAAAUUAAUUUAUGACAACAGCUUAAAAAAUUAUUUAUUGGAGUUGACAAGAACACCUCGAGACGAUUUAAGUGUGAACACGGCAAUGGAGAAAGGAGUCUUACAAUUAGAUAGUGAUUUAUCUAGAGAAGUUAUUGAACAAUUUUAUAGUAAUGGUUAUAUAAAUCAGAAGACAUUAUCUGUGGCUCUAUCGGGUGCAGUAGUCUGUGUAUCAUAUAUAAAUGGACCGCAUUUACACGUAGCAAAUAUUGGAGAUUGUAACGCAGUAUUGGGAACAUUGACUGAUGAUAAUGAGUGGAUAGUGAAGAAAAUUACCAAAGAGCAUAAUUCAGAAAACUUCGAUGAGUUGAAACGAAUUUGGAGUGAACAUCCUGAUGAAGAAAGGAAGACGGUGAUAAGACGAGAUCGAUUGCUUGGUGAGUUAGCCCCACUUCGAAGUAUGGGUGAUUAUCGAUACAAAUGGUCGACUGAACUAUUGUCCAAUGUGGCAGUGCCAUUAAUCGGGGAAAAAGCAAUACCAGCAAAUUAUCAUACCCCUCCCUAUCUCACAGCUAAACCGGAUAUAUACUAUCAUAGACUAACACCAAAGGACAAAUUUCUUAUAAUGGCUUCGGAUGGUUUAUGGGACAUGUUAACUCCGUUACAAGCUGUUAAACUAGUGGGUGAACAUAUGAAAGGAAAAGUUUUUUACAACCCAUUGAAAUUACCUAAGAAGAAUAUACAGUUAGGAGAUAUUAACGAACUGCUUCUUCAUAGAAGAGAAAGCUUGAAGACUAAACCGAAGGAUAGAAAUGCUGCGACACAUUUGAUAAGGCAUGCUAUUGGUGGGACGGAGUAUGGGAUAGAUCAUUCUAGACUUUCCCACCUUCUCAGUCUAACCCCAGAUGUCAGUAGAAUGUUUAGAGAUGACAUAACAGUUACUAUUGCAUAUUUUGAUUCAGAGUUUCUCAGACAGUGUCCGACAUAAAAAGCAAAGACUAUAGAAAAUAUUGUGCCUUGUAUUUUUGAUACCGCAACUGAGAAAACGUUUAUAAAUAUAAGUAUGUUGAAAGUAAAUUAAUAAUGUAUAUAAUACAGUUAAUAUUAAUAAUUAUGCGUGAUUUAUAAAUUUGUAAAGUCAAUUUUUAAAGUAGAGUUGUAGCUGUUGCUAUUUAUAUAUAUGACUGAUGAAAAUAUUCUGUUAACUAUAUCAUGUAUGAAAUUAUAUGUAAUAUCAAGAUGUGAAAAUCAAUAUAAACAUUAUAUUUUUCAAUAAUACAAAAAAGGUUUUAAUUCGAUUUAGAAUCGAAUGGACAUCGACAAUUGACUUUAAUGUCUGGUUAGUGCUAAUUUGUAUUUAUUUUAUUCGUAUUUAUAUAAUAUUAAAUUAGCUUAGGUUUUAAAAGUUUUAAU